AAGAAGUGCAGUGUUCGGUGCGCGCGCGCAGCCGUGCCUCCUCGUGUGGCGCAUAGCUGGCACCAUGUCGCAGGAGGAGGAUGGCAAGGAACAGCGCUCCUCGUCGGAAGACGUGGCGGCGGCCACAGAGCCAGCAGAGGAAGUGCCGCAGCAGCAGCGCAGAAGAAGCGGCAGCAAGCGUGUGGCCUGCGAGGAGCUGGCCUACAACAGGAUGGGUGACAUCUGGGUCCAGUGCUUCGCGUGCUGCGUCACUGAGCAGCCUGCUCCGAAACGGCGGCGGCGAAUCGACCGCACCAUGAUUGGAAACCCAACAAACUUCCAGCAUACGGCUCAUGUUGGCUCUGGGGACAUGAAUGUUCAUCUCAACGCACUCCAGAACCAGAUGGCCUCCAAGGGUGGCUACGAGUACGCGCUUCCAGUGAAUGUGUCAAUCCCAGUGGUGGACGUUCAGCAGUGACCGCGCGUGUGUGUGUGGGGGGGGCCGUCGUACCUCCUCAGCCCGAGACAUGGCGUGUGUGUUGCCCCAAUGGUGUGACGGCGGCGGACUCACCAGACGGCGGCCACUUGUGAUGAUGCCAGAUGGACCAAAGGCCUCGCGCUCCCCUCCUCGAAACCCCGCCCCUCCACCCUCUUUUUCCUCUUAGCUGUCGCAACCUGUCACCAGUGCGGGUGGCAGCACUGAGCACCGACUGGGCUGUGUAUCUUUUUCUUUUCUUUUAAUAGGAGCAUCGGCGCAGGGACUGUACGAUUUGUACGUGCACAGUUUGUGCAUCCCAGCCACAUGAAGCUGGACAAAAAAAAAAAGCUAAAUUCUUUACUGUAAGGAGACUCGACGGCAAAGCUUGCCCUUAGCCAUUUUUUCUUAAUAACUGUCUUUUCAGUGCAGCACUAUUUAGGACGCUGUCACACACAGGUUGUUUAGACGAGCACAUUGUGUACAUAGAAGCAGGUCAUGUUGAAGGAGUCCUUUCCACACCCUCACCUGCUGCCUCCCCUUCCACUUUGUAGUGUGUUCGUGUCACGGAUGUAGCCAGAGCCAGGUGUGGCUGCAGUGUGUGUGUUUUUAAAGAAAUGUGUUUAGAGAGACGUUUGCUGAACCAGAAGCGUUUGUAACGGCUAGUAGUAUUUAAUAACAGCAGGCAGGCACCGUUUACGUGCAAAGACGAAUAAAGAAUUUUAUCAGAGUGGAAGAAAAUGGACAAGCACUGCCAAUGUGCGAAAAGUGAAUAAAAGAAAUGUUU